CAGCAGAUCGAGAGUAGAUUUCCUGCAACGACCAUGAGCAGCAACCCUCCGUCUGCGUUCCGGAGAUCAGUCUAUUCUAGCCGGUGUAGCUCCGCGGAGGAGUACUGGGAUAGGACCCACAACAGAUGUGUGUCAUGCAGCGUAAAACAUAAGAUCAAACCCGGUCAUGAGUUUUCCCCAAACUGUGGCCAGUCAGAUGAUGAAGGAAUGCAUGAACUCCCCUACAGGAAGUGCAGCGAUGGCACCUUUAACAAUGGAGAAUUUAUUUGGUGCAGUUUGUGCUCCAUUUGCCCAUCAUCACAAUUACUGUCGCGCUGCACAAGCAUAUCUGACAGCCGCUGCUGUGGAGAAGAAGACUGCAGAAAUGAAACCCAGCCUACAACAACACGAAGCACAGUGAUUACAACUGAUCAUCUAAUGACAACAGCCAGUUCCAAGUCCUCAACUAAUCAUCUGAUGACAACAGCCAGUUCCAAGUCCUCGACUAAUCAUCUGAUGACAACAGCCAGUUCCAAGUCAUACACUGAAACUACUAUUUCCAGUGAAACAAUACAAUCAACGUAUUCAGCAAAGACCACCCAAACAGAUCCAAAUGCCUUCAUUAGAGACCCAAACCAUCAUAGCCUUUUGACUGUCUCGACUGCUCUCACCAUCACCAUCCUGCUUUGUGCUUGCUUACUGUGUCUGCUGUACAUCAUUAAGAAAAAGAAACACAGAGGCUGCAGAGAGAUGAAAAAAUGCUUUAGUAAAAGAAGCCUGAGUAAUCUGGCAGACAGCAGGGAACAUUUCAAGUUGGGCACCACUGAGGACAUCAAGGACAUAAAUGACCUUUUGUCCCCUGAAAUCCAGGCUGCUCCACUUCAGUCAGUGCUGAAUAAUAUGGACGUGGUGGAAGAACUUGUCCUUUUGCUGGAUCCGGACAUCCCUGGGGCAAAGAACACUCGUCACCUUGCUGCAAGCUGUUCGAUCCCUUUUACCUGGAUCAACUACGCCUAUUCAAUGAAGGACAGUAGGAGUCCCCUUAUUGCUGUGCUGGAAAGGGUCAUUGCCAAAUACCCAUACUGGAAUGUAGGCCAUUUGGCUGGAUUGCUGAGCAAUAUUGGGCGGAAUGAUGCAGUGGCUGUUCUUGGGAAACUCACUGUAACUGCAAUGGAAGCGUAGUUCACAUUUUUAGGGGGAUUCCACAGAUUUUUCGUAAUUUCCGCAUAUUCAUUAAGAUGUGCACAAAGUGGGUUCAAAUUGUGCAAACAGUGUAUGGGAAACCAACCAACUUGGAUUUCUUUACAAUGCAGCCGAGAGAAACGAGGGACUACAAGGUCAACAAUGCAAAUAUAGCCAUUUUAUUUAGCCCACUGAGGACAUGUAAAACAAUGAGUGUAACUAGAUGUGUCUUCUGAGUUUUCAUAUGGGUUUUUGUAAUGAUGAUAAUGGUAAAAUAGAGGUAAAUUCAAAAACAGACAUUUUCUUUGGAGACUAUGUAUCACAACUCUCUGUAUGUACCUCUCCACUAUAAAUAUACUCAACUGAAUAUGGUUUAGGUCAAAACGUCCUAUCACAAGUGAUACAGGCUUUAAACACUGCAGGUGUUUGGUUCCCAUCACCACUGCUGUGACUGAAUGAUGCAACUUCAGAUCAAACCACUGAAUGACUUUGUUUUUCAGUAAUUUUGAACAAGGCAUUUAGUGUAUAUAAAUGUGUAUAUAAAAGUAUUACCCAGACAGAGUUGGGCUGUCCUCAGAGCUGCUGUAGUCUUAAUUCUUUCAUACAUUUGGGACAAUGUGUAGUUGGAAAUUUGACCCGUCUUUCAAAAGGAACAGGUGUACUGCAAUGUUGUUAGUCUUGGCGUCUUCCAUAGGGGAAAAAGAACACAAUAACUAUGCAUCUAUCUAGGGAUACACAGUGAUAUUGUAAUCAAAUCGCUACUGGUAAUUUGGACAAAUGUUCAGAUUUGACUGAUAUUUCAUGAUUUUCCAAAAGGGUAGAAUGUUUAGGUGAUGCUGGGUUACAAUGCUUAAGUAUGUACAUUUCAUUCAUUGUACUGUAUUUGUUUCUAUAGCAUUCUCUGUUAUGUUAAGGUAGAUAGAGUUCCAGUUUCUACAUUUUCUCUAUGUUUAUGUAUCAGCAUCAGCAAAUAUGACCAAACAAAAAAAAAAUCAUCUGUAUCAGCCCUCAAUUCCCACAUUGUUAUAUCCUUACAUCAAUCCUGUUCCUUCUGGCAUGGGUACAAACAUCAACAAAAUAUAAUUCUGGCAUCUUAUUAUUCCAUGAUUUAAAAAAAAAAAAAACC